AUGGAACUGUUGUUAGCAAGAGUGACGGUAUGUGAAGAAUACACACCCAAGAUAGUGGUGAAGGAAAUGUUGGAAAAAUAUUCGGACUUCUUGAAUCCAUUCAAUCUCGACUACCGUCGGCAUAUCGCCGACAGACUAUACGGACGCGGUUCCUGCAGCUUAGCUUGUUUGCCUUGUGGAACUCUAGUGCCUUGCAAUGUGACAUGGAGGAGUAUGAUUGACAAUGUUCACAGACAAUGUGAUAAUUUGAUUUCCGACUGCCACUUCAAUAGCAACAAGUUUUCAUGCUGUAAAUACUUUUACACAGUCGACUCCGAAUAUGGCCAGUGUUAUUCAUUUAACAGUUUGCAAGGCCCGAAAACAAAUAAUCGUCAGUUUUUUGUCAAUAGCAGCACUGGGCCUGGUGUACUGUCCUUUCGUCUAUUGUAUGAUGCACAAAUAUCCGUACACAGUUCUGAAGAAUUAUCCACGAAUGAUUUGGACAAGAAAUUCAGAUUCGAUGUCAACACUUACGUUGACAAAGUGGUGGACUAUUUAUUUUCCAUAAUAGAAGUGGAUAAUGAACUUGUGUUAGAAAACGAGCAUGUCAGUACCAGACGAUGUCGAUAUAACUACGAAAUACCAGAUCUUCCGUUUCAUACGUAUCAGGUUUAUUCUUACGGUGCAUGUCGUUUAGCUCAAAGUACGAACAAAUCUUUUAAUUAUUGCGGUUGUGUGCAUCCAGUACGAGAUCUGCGGUACAAAGAUUAUUAUUGCAAUUAUACCGGAAUAAACUGCUUAAUAAGAUACGAAGUUCAAAAAACUAAAUUGGGUAAAGCUGACAACCCUGAUGCUGAAGACUGUUUACCGUCAUGUAUCGAGAGUGAACUGAGCACAGUCCAUUUAUCUAAAAGACGGCAGCCUCAAGCUCAAUAUGACGGAGCUAAAGUAAACAUACGGAUGGUCUCCUUACCCACACUUCGUUACCAGAAGAGUUUACUCCGAACCAACUUGGAUUUUGUGGUGACAGUAGGCGGCAUGGUGGGUCUUUUCUUCAGUGCAUCGAUACUAAGUUUCGUAGAAAUAUUUUACCUUAUAUUUAGAUCACCUAUUAAAUAA